CAAACGCCAUUCACUCGCCGGACUCGCGCUUUGAGAAGUCGCCAUGGAGGGCAAGGCGUCGGUAAAGGAGGAGAUCAGAGCGCAGACAGAAGUCGUCAGCACUUUAAAGGCGCAAAAGGCGAGCCAAGAACAGAUUGAGAAGGAGAUGUCCAAACUCCUGCAGCUCAAGGCUCAGCUGGGGGGCGAAGAUGAUGACGACGAAGACAAGCACUCUUUUGUGCUUAAAACUCCCAAAGGUACCCGAGACUUCAACCCCAGACAGAUGGCGAUCCGUGAGAAGGUGUUCGACAUCAUCGUCAGCUGCUUCAAACGCCAUGGCGCCGAGACCAUCGACACGCCCGUCUUCGAGCUGAAAGAAACCCUAAUGGGGAAGUAUGGUGAAGACUCUAAGCUCAUCUAUGACCUGAAGGACCAAGGAGGAGAGCUGCUGUCCCUUCGAUAUGACCUCACUGUGCCCUUUGCGCGAUACCUGGCGAUGAACAAGAUUACCAACAUAAGGAGGUACCACAUCGCCAAGGUGUAUCGGCGUGAUAACCCGGCGAUGACCCGAGGAAGAUUCCGAGAGUUCUACCAGUGUGACUUUGACGUGGCGGGUCACUACGACCCCAUGAUCCCGGAUGCGGAGUGUGUGAGGAUCGUGUAUGAGAUCCUGUCCAAAGUGGAUGUGGGCGAUUUUCGCAUUAAGGUCAAUGACAGACGCCUCCUGGACGGAAUGUUUGCAGUGUGUGGUGUUCCGGAUGAUAAGUUCCGCACCAUCUGCUCGUCAGUGGACAAGCUGGACAAGGCCUCCUGGGAGGAUGUUCGGUCGGAGAUGGUGAAUGAGAAGGGCGUGGCUCCAGAGACAGCUGACCAGAUCGGGAAGUACGUGAGCAAGCGAGGGGGGCAGGAUUUGGCAGAGGAGCUUCUGCGGGACCCAAACCUGGCCCAGAAUGCGCAGGCCCAGGCAGGCCUGAGGGACAUGACGCUGCUCUUCAACUACCUGCAGCUCUUCAAGGUCACCGACAAGGUGGUGUUUGACCUGAGCCUGGCCCGAGGCCUGGACUACUACACGGGCGUGAUCUACGAGGCGGUGCUGAUCCAGCCACAGGAUGCGGGGGAGGAGGGCGUGGCCGUGGGCAGCGUGGCGGGGGGUGGGCGCUACGACGAGCUGGUGGGCAUGUUCGACACCAGGGGGAAGAUAGUUCCCUGCGUGGGCGUCAGCAUUGGCAUUGAGAGGCUGUUCUCCAUCAUGGAGCAGAAGCUGGAGAGCUCGGCAGAAAAGGUGCGCACCACGGAGACGCAGGUGCUGGUGGCGUCGGCGCAGAAGAGCCUGCUGGAGGAGAGGCUGAAGCUGGUGGCCGAACUGUGGGACGCUGGGAUCAAGGCGGAGGUGGUGUACAAGGAGAACCCCAAACUGCUGAACCAGUUCCAGCACUGCGAGGAAUCGGGGAUCCCCCUGGUGGCCAUUCUCGGGGAGCAGGAGCUGAAGGACGGGGUGGUGAAGCUCCGAUGCGUUGCCAGCAGAGAGGAGGUGGAGGUGCCCAGGGCGCAGCUGGUUGCCGAGAUCAACAGGAGGGCCCCCCCGCAGCAGAAGUUCUGAGUGCCGUUCCCUGCAGCCUGUCCCGACGCGUGAAGGAGCUGUUUCCGUACGCACCCACAUCAAAGCGUGGAGCGGGCGCAAUCUUCACAGCUGCAAUCUUCACAGCCGCAUUUAUGUGUUUGUCUCUCAUUCCCUUUUCAUCUGGCACAGCGACCAGGGCACAAAGCAGCAGAUAUACAAUAUUAUAAAGAAGAAAGC